AUGAAUUUGUUCGCAACUGCUAUUGAUUUCUUGUAUUCUGUCUACAGGAAAUUCAAUCCUUUUUACAAGGGAGUUUCCUGUUUUCCGCACAUGUCAUCGUUGUCGUCCGAUAUCUCCGGUAUCGCUGAUAUUUCGUUUCGUAAAGAAAGCAUCUGUGAAGAACCGACUCCCGUUGACAAUGAAGUGUCCGAAAUCAUUGCUCAACAUCGAUCAAACGAUCCAAACAGUACCCAAUCAGCAGAAAUAGCUGCGGCCAUUGCCCACUGCAAAGAGCGACUUAAAGAGCGCAUGUCGGAAAGGAAUUCGCCAAUAAAGCAAAUGUACCUUGACAAGCUAGUUCAGUUGAACCUUGAGAAGCAGAAUUUGGAGGAAAAUUCUGGUGCGGCUGAUGAGGUGGCCAAAGUUCUAGGUCAUGAGUUCCAGCUGCAGAAAACUCAUGGACGGAGAAAUCCCUAUUGUGAAGUUUGUAUGGGAACAAUUUGGCGCAUGGUUCAGUCGUGGCGGCGUUGCAAAGUUUGUGGGAUUCGUGUUCACGAUAAGUGUGCCAACGAGGUACGUCGAGUUUGUGCCGGAGUAGCGGCAUCUCGACGUGACUUCCGAUUGGCAACGACGAUAUGCGAGGAAAGAGGACUGUGUGCACAAAACUACGCAUGUGCAGAAUGUGAAGCGCCGCUUGCUUACGAUGGACCUGUCAACCAACAGCCAAGACUUUGUGAAUAUACUGGUCUUUUGUUCUGCUCUCGCUGUCACUGGGCUGAUCAGUGGUCUAUCCCUGCGAGAAUUAUUCACAACAUGGAUGCAAGGCCGAGACCAGUUUGUCGAGCUGCUAAGCAGCUUCUAGCGAUAAUUGAUAAUCGACCUCUAAUCGAUUUGUCACAAGUGAAUCCCUCUCUGAUCAAGUAUCACAAGGAACUAAAAAGAAUACAACAAUUACGGCGUAACUUUCUUCUCAUGAAAUGUUACUUUGUUAGCUGUCGCAAGGCAGCGAAAUUGCGGAUAUUACAGUACCUGAGUAAGCAUCAACACUUUGUCGAAGGAGCUGACAUGUACUCCAUAGCAGACCUGCGUGAGCUAUGUUUGGGAAAUCUGCUCCGUGAUUUGGAAGACAUUCAUACUGUAUUUCGGAGACAUAUCGAGGAAGAAUGCGAAAUAUGCGCAGGAAAUGGAUUUUAUUGUGAAAUGUGUGAUGAUGAAGAUAAGCGUGACCAGGUAAUUUUUCCGUUCUCGGAAAAUGUGGCAAUGUGUCAAAAGUGUCUUGCUGUGUUCCAUGCGAAAUGCUUUGAUAAACGGAGCAGCAAAUGUCCCAGAUGCGAGAGGCGUCAGAGACGGAAUUCUCAGCGAUUUACAGAUGAUGAGUGAAUUCUUG